AUGAACAUCACUACCACUGUGGUCAGAGGGCCUUUAAAUCUCGCCAACCCACCCCCAAUAGUCUCAACCAACCCAAUUCUCUCAUGGUACACUAAAUAUGCGGUGGACUUCAGCAUCGCCAAAACUACCACUUCCCCGACCAAAUACUACGCCUCCAACGCAACCUUAGUGAACACUGAUCAGUCUAUCAUCUACGGGGCGAAAGAGAUUUGGGACUACUACAUCGAUCUCUACGGACAAUUCGAGCGUUGUGCCCAUAACCUAAUCUCAAUCUCUGUUUUGAGUGAUGAAACUUCUGGAAAGCAUACCGUGAUUGUGGAGACUACGAACAAGUUACAUCUCAAACAUGGAAAGGGAGUAGUACCUCUACCCCAAGCCUUUGUUUAUGAAAUUGCCAAAUCAGAGGAAGCCGGUACGGAUGGCCUAAAAAUCUGGCAGGUGAAAUGUUACUUUGAUAAGGGGUUGCUGGAGAGGGCAGCAAGUACCUAG